UCUGUGUUCUUGUUUGCAGGUUGCCUCUCCCUGCUGGUAACGGUUCAGGAUGCUGAGCGUUAUACCACUUUAUUUGCCAGUGUGGUCCUCAAGUGUGACUACAGCACCUCAGCGCAGCUGCAGGAUGUGGUGGUGACCUGGCGCUUCAAAUCCUUCUGCAAGGAUCCCAUCUUUGACUACUACUCAGUCUCAUACCAGGCUGGUUUAGCUCUUGGCCAGGAUCCAUCUAAUGACUGUAAUGACAGCCAGCGAAAGGUGCGCAUUGUCAUCCAGAGAUAUGGGCAGAAUGAGCCUGUACUGGGCAUCGAUUACCGGCAACGGAAGAUCACCAUUCAGAACCGGGCUGACCUUGUCAUCAGCGAGGUCAUGUGGUGGGACCAUGGUGUAUAUUACUGCACUGUGGAAGCACCAGGAGAUACAUCAGGUGACCCAGACAAGGAAGUUAAGCUAAUUGUUCUGCACUGGCUCACGGUACUCCUUAUCAUCCUUGGUGGGCUCCUCCUCCUCCUGCUAAUUGGAGUGUGCUGGUGCCAGUGCUGCCCACAGUAUUGCUGCUGCCACAUCCCAUGCGUCUGCUGCCCAACCCGCUGCUGCUGUAACGAGAAAGCACUGGAACGGCAUCGGUUCAUGAAGCAGGCUCAGGCACUUGCACCUUGGAUGUCACCCAACAUGUUCUACAGAGGUGGUGAUGGGAACUCCCAGCUUUCUUCUUACCAGCUGAACCCUCUGCUGCAACGAGAUGUGUCUCUGCAGAGCAGUAUUCCACUGGUGCAGCCACAAGGUCAGCUUUCCUCUAACAAGGGUGUCUUGGACUACCUGGAGUCUGAAAUCCAAAACCUUAACCUGGCCCAGCCCCUGCCACCCUCCCACCAGCGGCAGGCCGUGCCCCACCCGAGCAUGCUCUCCUCCCUUGGCUCCGAGAUUGUGGAACGCAGGGUAAUACGUCUGCCGCCUCUCAUUGACCCUGCCCCAUCCUUCCAUGGGAGCAGCAACUCCUCACGCCCCCAGAGAGGUGCCCACACGCCCCAACCCUGGGACUCCCCAGCAGAGAACAAGAGGGAAAACCGGAUGUGGCCCCGGCCUCGCAGUGGGGAUUCUCACUCCACCUACAGUCGGGAGCCCUGGGACAGGCAACAAGAGGACCGUCCUCAGAGGCAGAGGACAGGCAGCUACAAUGGCAGGCCCUGGCACUCCAGACGGGAUGUGUCGCCCAUGCACCAGGCUGAGAAGGGCAAGAGCAGCAGCAGCAGCAGCAGUUUCUACCCAGAAGAGGCCAAGGAGCGCUUCAGCUACCAUCGUGACUCAAGACAGCGGCCCACAGGGAGGCGAGACUACCAGCACCACACCAGGAAGAGCAACAGCUCGGGUCACCGGCGGCACAGCUACUCUCCCCCUCCUCGGCGAGGGUCAUGGAGCUCCUCAGAAGAGCGUGUCCAUGUCCCAGUGGGAAACCACAAGCGUCAUCGCCGGUCUCGGGACCGGCCAGAAGAUAAACCCCCCAGUUAUCGCUCGCUAGAAAUCAUCCCAGAUCGGAACAGCAAGCACAAAGACAGUGUAGGGCCACGUUCGGAUAGAGGAAGUUCCCGCAGUGGAAGAAGCAUAGUCAUUUAAUGCCAGUGCUGAAAGAACAGAGAUUCCCACUGAACUCCUCUUAGUUGUCCCACCACAUAGGCUGGGAUGGCUGCUUUUGAUUGGACAGGCAACAAGCAAAA